AAGUUGGAAAGCAAUUAUGUUAUUUUCAUUAUCUUAGCAUAAUUGAUCACAAUAACACAUAUAAGUCUUCAGCCAAUAAUGAAACAGGCAUAAUUGAGUUUGAAUCUUCUAUGGAAAUUGAUAAAUUAGAUAGUUCAACAGAAACCCUAUUAACUGAUAAUGAAAUAAAAAAAUUAAGUGACAACGAAUUAGUUAAUUUAAUUGAAAAACUAAAAAAAGAGCUAAAAA